CUCGUAUAAUUAUUCACACUAGUAAUUUAAAGAUUCAUUUGCUUUUAUAAAUUUUUUGUUAUACUUAUGUCAAAACUGAAAGAAGUAAAGGACGAAGACUCUCAAUACAAAAUGUCAGAUAUUGAUUUAAACGUAUUAAUUAAAUUCAUUGGAACCUUCGACGGUACCAGAGAAAAGUUGACUCCCUUUAUUAAUAAUUGUCGUAAUGCGAUUAACCUUGCAUCGGCCACACAAACAGAAAUUCUUUUCAAAUAUAUCCUUAGCCGCCUUGAAGGCAAAGCAGAAACUGCAUGCGCUGUAAAGGAAUUCACCAAGUGGUCACAGUUAGAAGAAUUUCUAAAAACACAAUUCGGCGACAUAAAACAUUAUGCUUAUCUUCUCUCCGACCUGCAGGAAUGCAAACAAGGUCGCAACGAAUCCGUGAGCCAUUACUCCUUAAGAGUUGAGGCUUGUCUCGCAAAACUCUUAACCGAAAUAAACAUUUCAAUUCCAACGAGGAAGAAAGACGAAUUAGCCGGCCGUGUAGCCGCAAUGCAAGAUUUAGCCCUCAACGUAUUUAUGAUUGGUCUUCAAUCAUCGCUAUCCACGGUCGUUAGAUGUAGGGACCCCAACACUCUUAAUGAGGCAAUAAAUCUUGCCACUGCUGAGGAAAAAAUCGUAGGAAUCAACAACCGAAAAUAUACAAACCCGACCACAGGCUCCUUUAUUGCGAAUAACUUCGAACAGCGCAGACAAAAUCACUCAACUGCAACAUACUCAAGGCCACAGUUACAACCUCAGGCUCAAUUCAAACCAAGCUCCAACACACCCGUCUGCAGGUACUGCAAAAACCUUGGUCACACUAUAGAAAAUUGCAGGAAACGACAAUACAAUAACAAUAGACGUUUCAACAACAUAGAAAACGCACAUAGUCCGAAUCGUCAACCUCCAAAUAGUUUCCUACCGCGAAACCGGAUACACCUGACUAACUCUUCAGACGAUCAAUGUUUUGGUGUAGACAACCAUAAUAACGAUCCUUUAAACGAGUAG